CGUAUGCAAGAAAACGUCCCAUCACUGUAGUCGUAAUUUGCAGCUAGCAAUCCUAGCUAGCUAGUUAUCCGAAGAUGGCGGCUUGUAGACGUGUUCCUCGUCUCCUGCUUUUGAUGUCUAUCCUUUUGUAUGUGCAUCCCAUUCGAGAGGAUAAAUAUCAGAUCAAUGGAGUCGCCAAGCCUCCAGUUAGUGUUGUUAUCCCGGCUCAAAAUCCAGGCGGAGUACCGGCUGCUGUAAACGGAGCUCCAGUACUCGCGGCCCUGCCACUUCGUAGACGCACUAGCGGCUGGAAGCUGGCCGAAGAGGGGGCUUGUCGGGAGGACUUGACAAGGCUUUGUCCGAAACAUUCCUGGAACAAUAACCUGGCCGUGCUUGAGUGCCUCCAGGAUAGGAAAGAGGAAACAGAGAUUGCUGCUGACUGCAACCAUCUCCUUUGGAACUACAAACUGAACCUGACGACCGACCCCAAGUUUGAGUCUGUGGCUGUGGAGGUGUGCAAGACCACCAUCACCGAUAUAAAAGAAUGUGCAGCGGAGGAGAGAGGGAAGGGCUACCUGGUGUCCUGCCUGGUAGAUCACCGCGGUAACAUCACAGAGUACCAGUGCAACCAGUACAUCGUCAAGAUGACCAGCAUUGUGUUCAGCGACUACCGCCUCAUCUGUGGCUUCAUGGACAAAUGUCGCGAGGAUAUCAACACCCUGCACUGUGGCAGCAUCUCCACCGGCGAGAAGGACGUGCACUCCCAAGGUGAGGUGAUAGCGUGCCUGGAGAAGGGUCUGGUCAGGGAGGCAGAGGAGCAGCCCGGGGCCCACGCCAUCGGGGCCAACUGUAAGAAAGCCAUCAUGCGCGUGGCCGAACUUUCCUCAGACGACUUCCACCUGGACAGAUACCUAUACUUCUCCUGCCGGGAGGACCGCGAGCGCUUCUGUGAAAACACUCCAGCUGGAGAGGGCAGAGUUUACAAGUGUCUCUUCAACCACAAAUUUGAGGAGGCCAUGUCUGAAAAGUGCAGAGAUGCUCUGACCACUCGUCAGAAGCUGAUUGCCCAGGACUACAAGGUGAGCUACUCCCUGGCCAAGGCCUGCAAGACGGACCUGAGGAAGUACCGCUGCAGUGCGGACACCAACAUGCCCCGCGCCCGCGAGGCACGCCUCUCCUACCUGCUACUCUGUCUCGAGUCUGCCGUACACAGAGGUCGUACAGUGAGCGGGGAAUGUCAGGGGGAGAUGUUGGACUACAGGAGGAUGUUGAUGGAGGACUUCUCUCUGAGCCCUGAGAUUGUGCUGCAUUGCCGUGGGGAGAUCGAGGCCCACUGCUCCGGACUCCACCGCAAGGGACGCACCCUGCACUGUUUGAUGAGGGUAGGCCGAGGAGACCUGGGCGCCAUCGACAACCUCUGCCAGAAAGCUCUCCAGACUUUGAUCCAGGAGGCCGACCCUGGGGCAGACUACCGUAUCGACCGGGCCCUAAACGAGGCCUGUGAGUCUGUCAUCCAGACAGCCUGCAAACACAUCCGCAACGGAGACCCGAUGAUCCUGUCGUGUCUGAUGGAGCACCUGUACACAGACAAGAUGGUGGAGGACUGUGAACACAGGCUGCUGGAGCUGCAGUACUUCAUAGCACGGGAUUGGAAACUGGACCCCAUCUUGUAUAAGAAGUGUCAGGGCGACGCCUCCCGCCUGUGUCACACCCAUGGCUGGAACGAGACCAGCGAGAUGAUGCCACCCGGCGCCAUCUUCUCCUGUCUGUACCGCCACGCGUACCGCACAGAGGAGCAGGGACGGCGGGGGAAUGCAGUGGAACAAACAGGAAAACAAGGUUACAUUCUGUCUCGGGACUGUAAAGUGGAGGUGCAGCGUAUCCUCCACCAGAGGGCGCUGGAUGUGAAGCUGGACCCGGAGCUGCAGAGGCGCUGUAUGACAGACCUGGGGAAGUGGUGCAGUGAGAAGGCAGAGUCUGGACAGGAGCUGGACUGUCUACAGGACCACCUAGAAGAUCUGGUGUCAGAGUGCAAAGAUGUGGUGGGCAACCUGACUGAACUGGAGUCUGAGGACAUUCAGAUUGAGACCCUGCUGAUGCGAGCCUGUGAGCCAGUCAUCCAAUCCUACUGUCACGAGGUGGCAGAUAACCAGAUCGACACGGGGGAUCUGAUGGAGUGUCUGGUGCAGAACAAACACCAGAAGGAGAUGAACGACAAGUGUGCCGUGGGCGUCACACACUUCCAGCUGGUCCAAAUUAAAGAUUUCCGUUUCUCCUACAAGUUUAAGAUGGCCUGCAAAGAGGAUGUGCUCAAGCUCUGCCCCAACAUCAAGAAGAAGGUGGAUGUAGUGCUCUGUCUGAGCACCACGGUGAGGAACGACACUCUGCAGGACAUGAAGGAGCAGCGUGUGUCUGUCAAGUGUCGUAAGCAGCUGAGGGUGGAGGAGCUGGAGAUGUCGGAGGAUAUCCGUCUGGAGCCUGAGCUCUACGACUCCUGUAAGCAGGACAUCGGGCGGCUGUG